AUGUCCGUCCCCGAAUCCAAGUACCUGAGCGCCGUAUGGCGAGACGACAUCUUCAAGGGCAAGGUCGUCUUCGUCACCGGCGGCGCGGGAACCAUUUGCAGCAUGCAGACCAGAGCCUUGGUUCGACUCGGCGCCAACGCCUUCAUCUUGGGCCGAAACGUUCAAAAGACAGAGGCUGCCGCGAAAGAUAUCGCGACGGCUCGAUCGGGCGCUAAAGUCAUUGGCCUUGGAGGAUGCGACGUGCGCAAGGUUGAGAGUCUUGAAGCCGCAGCGGCGCAAUGUGUCAAGGAGCUUGGGGGCAUCGAUUAUGUGAUUGCUGGCGCAGCAGGCAACUUUGUCGCCCCGAUCGACGGCAUCAGCUCCAACGCCUUCAAGACGGUCAUGGACAUUGAUGUCCUCGGCACCUACAACACCAUCAAGGCCACCAUUCCUCACCUCCUCCGCAGCUCGACCCCUCGCUUCCUGGCCGUCUCCGCGACGUUCCACUACACCGGCAUGCCCUACCAGGCCCACGUUGCGGCCGCCAAAGCCUCCGUGGACUCUUUGAUAGCCAGCAUCACGCUCGAGUACGGCCCCCGCGGCGUCGUCGCCAAUGUCAUCGCGCCAGGCCCCAUCGCCGAUACCGAGGGUAUGGCUCGUCUGGCGAGCAGCAAGCCCGAGGAGAUUGCGGCGUUUGCAAAGACGGUUCCUUCAGGUCGAUUCGGUACCGUGAAGGAUAUUGCAGAUGCGACAGUGUUUUUGUUCAGCGAUGCGGGGAGCUACGUCAACGGCCAGAUCAUUCCUGUUGAUGGCGGAUCAUGGAGACGACAGGGAGCCUAUACGGUUGGUGUGGAUACGAAUGUGCAAUAUCCUGAUUUCCUCAAGACGGGCCAAACGUCCGAGGGCCUGAAGGGAGGAAAGAAGGAUAAGUCCAAGCUGUAA